CUAAACUUCAACUCUAGUCCGCCAAAAUGGAGGAUCUCGCUGCUCUUGGUGUCGCCAGCACAAAGGUCCAAUUCCUCGAACAUGGAUCAAUACUUUUCACCAAAAGUAGGAAACUAUACCGCGAAGGCGGAAUUCAAGAUAUUAAGAGUUCCGCUCAAGUGCUGCGGUGGCUUAGCAGCGAAGUCAGGAUAUCAUUUGUGACUUCCUCGGUGGACGAAGAAGACCAGCUACGUCUCGCUGUAGACUGCGACUAGAUUGCAACAAGGUAGCUGUGAACCUUCGCUAGGUAAAUUUCCAACUCUAUCCAAUGGUAUUUGGCAAAGGAUUCGGCAGGUGCUGCGCUCUGUCUCAAAUAGUGCAGACGAACAAGGAUCAACUUUUCGGAACGGAGGACUAAAACGUUAUCAAACUUGAACAUCUCGCAGGUGAAAACGACCUGUAGAAGUUCAGCAUAGGUCAACAUAAUCUUGACCAGCCUGCACUACGACUCGAU